AAUGACACGUCACGGUGGAUACCCGUGAAGCCAAUGACAUGGAUAUGUGAUGAUUGCAAAAAGAAGGUGUGUGAAUCGAGGUUAAAAGCACCAGAUUUUUAUCAAAAUUUCACCAAAACGCAGAGUAUAUUCCAUUCAGAGAUCGCAGGAGGAUAGUUUGAGGUACCCUCUCGGUCGUGAUUCCCGUUGGCGGGUCAGAAACUGUAGCCAUGAUGGACGACGAGACCGUGUACGGCACAGCCGACGACGGCGGGGUUAGCGUGAUGUCCGAGCGGGUGCAGGCUCUUGCUUCGAGCAUCUACCGAGAAUUUGAGCGAAUGAUCAAAGGCUACGACGAAGACGUCGUCAAAGAAUUGAUGCCACUUGUCGUCAGUGUCCUGGAAAAUCUUGACGGGACUGUGGCUGAAAAUAAGGACUAUGAGGUGGAGUUGGAACUUCUUAAAGAUGAUAAUGAGCAACUUAUCACACAGUACGAGAGGGAAAAGCAACUCCGCAAGCAAGCUGAACAGAAAUUUUUGGAGUAUGAGGAUGCAAAUGACCAGGAGAAGAGGGCGCUUCAGGGACGUAAGGAGGCGUUGGAACUCACACAGAAACAGAUGACCUUAAAGGUCAAGAAUUAUGCCGAUCAAGUGGCCCGACACGAGUACAGAGAGUCCGAGAUGAAACAGGAAUAUAUGAUCCUACAAAAGAGACACAAUGAGGUUUUACAGAAGUACAUGGAGCACGUGGAGAGGCUGAAGAUUGUUGGACAGACUGAUGUGGUUGGCAGCCCAAGGUUAUUCAAGUUAAAUCUUAACCGUCCCCACUCCCCUGUCCUCAUGGAUCAUGAAGAAGGGGGUGUCACCAACGAUGGUAAAGUCGACGACUCCCUCGCCUCCCCAAGCGCCCGUAAGAAGAACUUCCAGCCAAACGAGAUCGGCAACGACUCCAACCUUCACCAUGAGAUCAUGACGUCGCCGGACCGUGAAAUUCACAACGAGAAAUCAAAGAAGACACCCCAGAAGACAAUAGAGACGCAAGCUGGAGUGGACACAAGUAAUGCUGCUACAGUGACAAGUCCACAGAGGGAUAAUCGCACCAUGAGCCCUGAGCUGGCAGCCAUCGUCGACAGCACACCGGAGCUCAAGGACAAGACCAAGAGACCCAACUAUAUGCCUGAACUUAGAGGAGACGGCAAGGGUAACACCACAAUCUAUGAUGAGUUGGAUCCAUCCCUUAUCACCGAGAUGGAUGAAGGAGCUAAUAUCUCAGACGUCGAGAGCUAUCUUGUCAAUCAAUACAAACUGUCAUGUGAUUCUAUGCAUGCCUUUGAACAAGCAGUGGAUCCAUCUGAGUUCUCUGUCAUGACUCCUGAUAACUUCUACGGUAUGGGCAAAGAAGUGGAGAACAUCUUGGAGGAAAACUCGGAACUCAGAGCAACAAAGAAUGCCCUGAAUGUAGUGAAAGAUGACCUAAUUGCCAAGGUUGAUGAGUUGAUGUCUGAGAUUGAGGUUCAACGACAGGAAAUAAAUGGUUUACAGACGACCAAGGGACGUCUUAAUCUACGCAUCACUGAACUGGAAGAAGAGAUGAAGAAAUUAAGAGAAGAAAACGACAAGGUAGCUGCCGUAGACGAAGAUGAUGGUGUGCCCAUGGCGCAGAGGAAGCGUUUCACCCGCGUUGAGAUGGCCAGGGUCCUGAUGGAAAGGAACCAAUACAAGGAACGUCUGAUGGAACUACAAGAAGCUGUACGGUGGACUGAGAUGAUCAGAGCUUCCAGAGAACAUCCAUCCUUUGAAGGAAAGAAGAAUAAAUCAUCCGUCUGGAAGUUCUUCAGCAAUUUGUUCAGCACCACACCGGCAGCCCCGCCAAGGAAACCAGGCUACCCUCACGCAAACAUUCGCUACAAUGCCCCUACCUCCCAUGUCACACCAACAGGAAAGCAACGGAGUCAGACCAUUGCGUCGCUGGACAACAGAACCAAGGCGUUUGAGUUCUUGGAUGACAGCGACAACCAACGAAACAAGGACAAACGAGAACAGUACAAAAAGGUCAAAGCUCACGUACGGCAAGACGACGGCAGGGUUCAGGCUUACGGGUGGAGCCUACCGGCUAAGUUACCCAGCCCACCCAAGGGCCCCUCCCAACAGCCCAGUAACCUUGUAGGGGUGCCUGUCCCGGUGUUUUGCCGACCGUUGGCGGAGAAGGAACUUGGAACAAAGAUAUGGUGUGCAGCGGGGGUCAACCUAACAGGCGGGCGUACCCGGGACGGCGGGUCCAUUGUUGGGGCCAGCGUGUUUUACUCCAGCACCUUACCGGAGCAAGACACCAGUGAGAGAAAAGAAAGAUCAAACUCCGAGUUGGACCGAUUCGAUGACCAGAUCACAAAACAGCAGAAAGAAAUCUGUGAGAGUCUUAAGAAUCAGCUGUCGUCUUUAGUCUGGAUAUGUACAACGAACCACGACGUGAGUAAAGUCACCGUGAUCGACGCCAACCAACCUCAGGCAUUACUCGACGCUUUCCCCGUCAAGAAUCCACACAUUCUCUGCAUCGCCAGCGUACCAGGAGCGAUGGAGAGUGACUAUCCAUCAGAGGAUAUAGAGGCAGCAGACGAUACUGCAUCAGUCAACUCGGUAACCAGUGGUGGUAGCGAUACUGGCGUAGGAACGGUUACGUUGGUAACGGUCAAUGUACCCAUCACACCAAGGAGCUCCACACCAUCCUCAGAAAAAGGGGAUGGCAGUCAAAGCGAAGACGCGGCAGAAUUCAAAGCGGAAGUCGGUGACACCAACUUCUCCAACAUCGCCUCGGUCAAAGAUGUCGAGCAGUCUAUCACAACGGCAGCCACCACAGCACCCCUACAGGACACAGUCGGCAUGGAGGGACUGGUACGUGAACAACACUUUGGGAGGAAUGGGUCGACCUCAAGCACGGAUACGGAGACUUCAGGUGACCCUCUCGGUGUGACCAAUGACUCCAUCCCGACCGAGAUGCUGAGGAGACAUCGGUCAAGCACGGCCGGAGCGAGUGACCUUCUGAAGGACGGUCUGUCCGCCGCGCCGACCGAGAAUGACGUCAUGUACGAGGAGGCUGAGAAGAUGAGUAGUAUUAAACCGACGAUGUGGCUGGGCGCUCAGGAUGGCUGGUUGCUCGUCCACUCUGCCGUAUCUCAGUGGAGAAGGUGUCUUCAUUCUAUUAAACUCAAAGAGUCAAUCUUAUCUAUAGUGCACACCAAAGGUCGCGUCCUGGCGGCUCUAGCCAAUGGCACGUUAGCAGUCUUCCACAGGUCAACAGAUGGACAAUGGGACCUGAAUAACUACCAUAUACUAGACCUUGGACGUCCACAACAGUCUAUCCGAUGCAUGGUCCUAGUCUAUGAUAGAAUGUGGUGUGGUCUCAGGAACAAGGUUCACGUUAUUCAUCCACAAACAUUGAAAGUUGAGCGGUCAUUUGACGCCCAUCCAAGGAAAGAGAGCCAAGUCCGGCAGCUUGCCUGGCAGGGAGAUGGAGUGUGGGUCUCGAUCAGACUAGAUAGCACGCUGCGAUUGUAUCACGCACACACUUACCAACAUCUACAAGACGUUGAUAUUGAGCCUUACGUUAGCAAGAUGCUUGGUACGGGAAAACUUGGAUUCUCCUUUGUACGCAUCACUGCACUAAUGAUAGCUUGCAACCGGCUAUGGGUGGGUACCGGCAAUGGUGUCAUCAUCUCAAUACCACUCACUGAAUCAACCAAACCAACGCCAGCCGGUGGAAGUCGUCCCGGGGCGGUCAUCAGAGUCUACUCAGACAGUAGAUCAGACAAUGUUCGCCCAGGGAAUGUCAUACCAUUCUGUAGUAUCACUCAGGCUCAACUCUCCUUCCAUGGACACAGGGACGCUGUCAAGUUCUUUGUCGCCAUUCCAGGUACAGCAGGUAGCGUCACUACAACCGCUUCAGGUUCAACCCUCGAUACCGCACCAGGCAAGAGUGCCAUGGAGAAGGCAGUCGCUAAGAACAUGUUGGUGAUGAGUGGUGGAGAGGGGUACAUUGACUUCAGGGCAGGUGAUGGUGACGAUGAAGAUGAAAAUGCAAGCAGUAAUAACUAUGGCGACGAACUCACCAACUCAUCUCGCGUUGCUAGGAACGAGAGAAGCCAUCUCAUUGUCUGGCAGGUGGCUGGUGUGACCGAGUGAACCAAACCUCCUUGAC